AUGUCCACCAUUGUAGGGAAAAGGAAGCGAAAGUCUGAACAUCCAUACCUCACUGGAAACUUUGCUCCUGUCACGGAUACCUUUCAAUCAACACCAUGCUCGUACAUUGGGUCCAUACCCUCGGAGCUCUUGGGCGGACAGUAUGUUCGCAACGGUGGUAAUCCGGUCUCCAAUUCGGAUCUCGGGAGAGAUGCCCACUGGUUUGAUGGCGAUGGAAUGCUUGCUGGAGUACUCUUCAAACGGUCAUCUUCUGGAUCGAACCGCGUCACACCACACUUUGUCAAUCAGUACAUAUUGACCGACGUCUGUCUUUCGAGUUUCGAGAAUACGAAUUUACGAACACCCAUACUUCCCAGUAUUGCAACGCUCGUCAGUCCAAUUGCAAGUCUAAUCGUAAUAUUAAUACGCAUCUUUCGAAGCAUCUUCCUUGUACUAUUAUCCCACCUACCCGGCUCGCAGCAGGCCAUCAAAAGAAUCAGCGUCGCCAACACCGGAAUAAUAUAUCACGAUGGACGUGCUUUAGCUACAUGCGAAAGCGGGCCUCCGAUGCGUGUGAGGCUUCCCGGCCUUGAAACUGUCGGCUGGUACGACGGAAAACAGGCAGAGGGAGAGGAAGUGUUGUCUCAAGGCACUGAUGAACAAGAUGCCAGGUUUGGUGGAAAAGGAGUCCUCAGUUUCAUGAAAGAAUGGACCACAGGCCACCCAAAGGUUGACCCAUGCACAGGGGAAAUGUUACUUUUCCACUGCACAUUUGUGGCUCCAUAUGUACACUAUUCGGUGAUCCCACGGGAAAGGAAACCCGGAACUCCUCUUCCAAAUUUACUGAAUGCUCCCGUUCCCGGGUGUUCGGGUGGCAAGAUGAUGCACGAUUUUGGAGUAUCCCGCAACAACACUGUCAUUCUCGAUCUUCCUCUGACUCUAACCCCAUUCAACCUGCUUCGGAAUCAUCCUGUGGUCUGCUUUGAACCAAACAGCCCUGCUCGUUUUGGUGUUUUCCCUCGCCGACAACCGGAAAAGGUGAAGUGGUUCGAAACAGACGGAUGUUGUAUUUUUCAUACGGCGAACACCUGGGACGAAAAUGAUGCGCAUGGCAACACGGCGGCCGUAAAUCUAUUGACCUGUCGUCUUACGUCCGCAUCCCUCGUCUUCAGUGCUGGCAAUCUCACACCUCCUCCGCAUCCUCACCGCAAAGAAGUAGUAACGAAGCGCCCCCGCAUGUCCUUCUUUGCGAAGUAUGACCUUGACGAUGAUAUCGACAAUACUGAGAAGCUCGGCGAGCUCGAGCCGCUCUUGUCUGAGCAACGGCAUGCCAAGGUUGCCUACGAUGCAACGCCCCCAUGCAAAGAUCCGCCAAUUUCAAGUGACGACGAAGAGCAGUGUCGUCUCUACUACUAUCGGUUCUCUCUCGACUCCCCAAUUCCGACGGUGACCCACCAGUAUGCGCUUUCGUCAAUACCUUUUGAAUUCCCCACUCUGAACCCAGCCGUUGAUAUGUCGGCUGCGAAAUACAUCUACGGCUGCAGUACAUCCCACGAGUCCUUCGGUGCUGCUCUCGGAAAAGCUACAAAAAUUGAUGUCCUGGUGAAGAUGGAUGUCUUGACACUUCUAACACGAGCUCAAAAUAGACGGCCAGAACCUGUGACGGGAUGCGUGGAUACGCGCAGCAUAUCACAGAUCUUUUCAAGUGCCGAAGAUCAAGAUCCAAUCAAAGCAUUUCGUAUGCCUGAUGGGUGGUACGCACAGGAAGCGCGGUUUGUCUCCCGUGACAAGCCUGAAUCUGAAGAUGAUGGCUACCUUUUGUUUUACGCCUUCAACGAAGCUCAAUUGAAUCGAUUUGGGGAAUGCCCCGAGGGAGCAGUUUCCGAGCUGUGGAUUAUCGACGCCAAGAAUAUGCAAGAUAUCAUCGCAAGAAUAUCUUUACCACAGCGGGUUCCGUACGGGCUGCACGGCAAUUGGUUCACGGAAGAUCAAAUUCGUUUACAGAGACCCGUCGAGCUGACAAGGACUAUGCCUGUUGACAAACCAAAAACAUUGUGGUCUAAAAUAAAGGGUACGAUGAUCGCAGCGUCAGGAUAG